AUUCAGAGACAUCCAUCCAAAUUUUGCUCAUGGGGAGUUUGAUGAUGAAGAAGCUGUUAUUCUUAAUCUUAAUUUUUGUUGGAUCAAUCUCAUGUUCUCUUGGAGUUGAAUUUGAUAGAUUCCCUUCAGGAAAGGGAAGGAAAGAUAAAAUUGCUUGCCAAUUUAUUAGAAGAUCACAUCCUAGGAGGAGUAGAUACUUCGCUUGUGAAGGUGUCAAGAGAAACCAUAUGAAUAUAAUGGGAAAGUACUCCCCCAAAUAUGAAAAUCUGCUACCUACUGGUUCCGUGCAAAUUGAUGAUGCCAAUUUAAGAUACAAUUGGAUGCCAAGACUACCCAAACGACACAUAUGA